AAUAGUGGUUGGUAUGCGUUGAAAUUCAACCAGAGAAAUAUAGGUAAUCAUUCUUCCUGGGAAUAAAGCACGGACACAGGACAUAAGACUGGAACUCAAACGCGGACUGAGGGGGAAUUUGGGGACAGUCAUGGCGGGGCUUGGAGUGAAGAGGAAGAAAGCGGGGCUCCCUGGUUUUUGCUGGAAAACCUGCUACUUUCAUAUUUUAUUCUGGGUUGUCUCGGUCUGUGGUGAAGAGAAGACGUUCAUCGUUGAGACAUGGCUGAAGAACUAUGGCUACCUGCUCCCCCAUGACAUCCGAACGUCGGACCUGCGGUCAGAGAAAGCCAUGCAAUCGGCAGUCGCUGCCAUGCAGCGAUUCUAUGGCAUCCCAGUGACUGGAAUCCUGGAUCAGACCACCAUAGAAUGGAUGAGGAAACCUCGAUGUGGCGUUCCUGACCACCCCCACAUCAGCCGACGGAGGCGGAAUAAACGCUACGCCCUGACGGGACAGAAAUGGAGAGACAGAAAGAUCUCUUACAGCAUACACAACUUUACCCCUAAAGUGGGGGAGAAAGACACGCAGAGAGCCAUACGGCAGGCCUUUGACGUGUGGCAGAUGGUGACCCCACUGACUUUCCAGGAGGUGGCCUACUCCGAGAUCAAGAACGAGGGGAAGGAGGCCGACAUCAUGAUCUUUUUCGCCUCUGGUUUCCAUGGUGAUAGCUCUCCCUUUGACGGGGAGGGGGGGUUCCUGGCCCAUGCCUACUUCCCGGGCCCUGGGAUCGGAGGGGACACUCACUUUGAUUCGGACGAGCCCUGGACACUAGGCAACGCUAAUCAUGAUGGUAAUGACCUUUUCUUGGUGGCGGUACAUGAGCUUGGGCACGCCCUGGGACUGGAGCAUUCGAAUGACCCCAGUGCCAUAAUGGCUCCCUUCUACCAGUACAUGGAGACACACAACUUCAAACUGCCCCUCGAUGACCUCCAGGGUAUCCAGAAAAUAUACGGUGUCCCUACAGCCAUGCUGGAGCCUACACGGCCACUGCCCACCUUGCCCGCUCGCCGAACCCACCCCACCUCAGAGAGGAAACACGACCGUCAGUCCCGCCCGCCACGUCCGCCCUCCGGUGACAGGCCCUAUUUCCCCAAUGGCAAACCCAACAUCUGUGAUGGCAACUUCAACACCGUGGCCUUCUUCAGACGCGAGAUGUUUGUCUUCAAGGACCGAUGGUUCUGGCGACUGCGGAACAACGAGGUGCAGGAGGGCUACCCGAUGCAGAUUGAGCAGUUCUGGAAAGGUCUACCGCCCCGUAUCGACGCCGCCUACGAGAGAUCGGACGGCAAAUUUGUAUUCUUUAAGGGUGACAAGUACUGGGUAUUCAAAGAGGUGACUGCUGAGCCCGGGUACCCCCAGAGUCUGGUGGAGCUGGGUAACUGUCUCCCUAAGGACGGCAUUGACACAGCACUGCGCUGGGAGCCCGUGGGCAAAACCUACUUCUUCAAAGGGGACCAGUACUGGCGCUACAACGAGGAGAAACGCAUGGCCGACCCGGGCUACCCCAAACCCAUCACUGUGUGGAAGGGCAUCCCCGAGGCGCCGCAGGGAGCCUUCGUCAGCAGGGAGGGCUUUUAUACCUAUUUCUACAAAGGGAAGGACUACUGGAAGUUUGACAACCAGAAGCUGACCGUUGAGCCCGGCUACCCCAAGUCUAUUGUCAAUGACUGGAUGGGCUGCCACCAAUCAGACAUGGAGAAGAACAAGGACCGGCAGCUUCCCCACGAUGAUGUGGACAUCAUGGUGACCAUCAAUGACGUGCACAGCACUGUCAACGCCAUCGCUGUGGUGAUUCCCUGCAUCCUGUCGCUGUGCAUCCUGGUCCUGGUCUACACCAUCUUCCAGUUCAAAAACAAAGCGGUGCAACAGAACGUCACCUACUACAAACAUCCUGUCCAGGAGUGGGUAUGACAGGCUUAGGCAGCGCGCCGCCGCUUAUGAUACGAAACUGCGCUGAGAGGGCUACAAAAACUCUGAGCACCAUGUGACCAGUGCCUGUCUUGCACAAACCCUUUGCGAGAAGGGAAGGAGGGGGAUUAAGUUACUCCCUUUCAUCCCCUGUCAAGGACCUCUAGAUGAACAUCGCCAAAAUUGAGUAUGUUGAAUAUUAGCAUGAGGAGAUGCAUAGGACGCCGGGAGGCUUUGAGGGUAAGGACAGAGCACAGCAAAUCCGAUUGCUCUGCCUUUUGCGCCUCGUCUAUCUGUUGUCCAUUCUUAUCUGGCUGUUUCAGUGGGGGUUGUCACACAUACUUUACCUCGAUGGGACUCCCAUACACUUUUUCCUCAGGGGGAGAGAGAGGAGGAGCCUACCCUCACAUAGCCAGGUACCAGUAAUCUGUUUGAGUCCAGUAUCAACUUGUACAUGAACUUCAAGUAUUAUCAAGUCAAACAAGAUAUUUAAAGAAAAAAUUUAAACUUGAACAAAAAAUGUAUUAGAAAGGCCAUAGAAAAGAAUACCAAGGAUUUCUGUGGAUCAUUUAAUAUUUUCUGUUAGAGAGCUUUGAGUUAUCAAGAGAAGAAACUUUGUACAUCGCAAAUGAUAAAUGUCUUCAUACCCAGACCUCUGCCUCUAGCGAUGGACUCACCUAAGCUAGAGGACUGAGACUACAAGUAUGUCUGUUGAAGGACCACCGCUAUACCAACAUCCCCCAGCACAGACUCCCUGCUCCUCUGUCUGGACCAAGGGGCGUAGGGGAGAGCGAGUUAGCAUUUAAAGACAUUGGUCACAGUUAUCUUUCUUAGAAUUAUACUUAGUUUUUCUUUUCUUUUUUACAUGCCCCAAGGCGUAGAGGAGUACCUAUGCCCGUUUCAAUAGGCUAAGCACGUCAGACCAACAUUGACUAGGCACAAUGAACUGCUGUUGCAGUGCUGCUCUCACUUUCUCUCUUCCUCCAACUGUGUCGCUCUCUCUUUAUAUACAGUGCCCUCCGUUAUGAUUGGGACAGU